AUGGAUGUUUUAAUAUCUCUGUUUUACGUACUGUUCGCUUUGUGCAUAGUUUUCCCUCCCACGGAGUUCGUAUCCGCUGGAUUCACAAUACCGCAGCUGUUUGAAAGCUAUCUUGGUUCAGAAGAUAAUAACUUUGUUAAAUAUCACAUGAGGAGAAUAUCAAUAACACUUUUAAUACACUCCUUUUUGCCCUUGGGAUAUGUUGUCACAUUGUGGUGUUGUGGUGAACAGGGUGAAUGGAUGCCUUGCCUUUUUUUUGCAUCUUGUGCAAUUCCUUUUCUUGCCCUGUAUAAAUUAACUUGUUGGUGGGAACAUAAUCAAAUAAAUCAUCCUGUGGUGAAAGCUCUUCUACCCUAUGCAGAAGUUGAAGGAGAUUGGAGAACAUUUGCUUCAAGCUUUAAUAUGGAAUUUAGAGGCUCUAACAAUGUAUUUAUACCUUUGAAUAAUGUAAGCACAGUGAAAAUAACAACACGCUGGAUCAUUAAAGUAUCUCAAUAUAGUGUUAACCUGGUACAACAAGGGGACUGCACUUUAGUUGCUACAGGUACUGACACUCAUGACUUAGCCCCAACAGGUGAAAGUGAAAUGCAAUAUCUGAACAUAGAAGCCAUCCCAGAAAGGGAAAAUGUCAAACCUUUUUCAUUUCGUAUCUCAUCAAUAACUUUGCGGGAAUUACAGCCUAGACUAGAGCGGCCAGUUAGGGUACCAGAACACAUUUCGUUGAUUCCCCCUUUGAUUGAAAGAUUUAUUAGUGUAUUCAAGGAUCAUGUUAGACAGAACCCUGUGUAUUAUGUAGAUCAGGAGUUAGAACAAUGUAUAGGAUGUAUGCACAAUCAAGCUGAUAUUAAGAUCAAUAAAAGGUGUGUAUCUGAUUCUUUGAAUGGGACCAGAGCACCUUGCCAACAGUGUAAUUGUAGAGUUCUUUGGUGCGCGCCAUGCAUGGCUCGUUGGUGGGCAGCUCGAGCAGGCAGCUUAUCACCCAAUGCCUGGCUGGCAGCACGCGGCUCGUGUCCGGUUUGCCGCGCUGUUUUUUGUAUGGUCGACGUAAGCCCCGCUGAAAAAAGACGUGUCUCUCAUUAG